AUGGCUCGUCACCUACCGCAGGCAUUCUUAGCGUUCGGCUCCGAGGACACUCUCUUCAAUAUACCCACUCCUACCACCACUCCAGGCGGUAGCUUUGGCUCUAGUCCAUCCUUGAAAGUUUUGGGGAUUGGCGAUGCACUCGAAGAUGAAGCAGUGGGCAAAGGUAGACCGGAACAAGACAGCACCUUUGCAGAUGCGGUGCUUUCAAAUCGAGCUGAAGUCAGAAAUAUAUGUUGUAUUGGUGCCGGAUAUAUUGGUGGACCAACAUCGGCAAUGAUUGCUUUUCAAAAUCCACAUCUCAAGAUAACGGUCGUCGACCGAGAUCCUUUUCGUAUUCAAAAAUGGAACUCCAAACAUCUUCCAAUAUUUGAACCGGGCUUGCAGGACAUUCUACGAAUAGCACGGGACGGCUCAAAUGCAACCACGUUUCUUGAUGAGGCAGUCAGAACCGACUCCAUGGACAUCAUGUCUUCCGACAUUUUAGCCAGCUCCGAAUACAAAACUCAUUGUGGGGAACACAAGGAACAGAUAUUCGUGCAGGCGCGAAAACCAAAUCUCUUCUUUUCAACAGAAGUUUCAAGAUCCAUCAGCGAAGCAGACAUUGUCUUGAUAGCUGUCAACACCCCGACAAAAUUGCGAGGUCUUGGUGCCGGGAGAGCUACAGAUAUGACGGCGCUGGAGGCAGCAAGCAGAGAAGUGGCGACUUAUGCGAAGCCAGGGGCGAUUAUUGUAGAGAAAAGCACCGUUCCAUGCCGAACUGCUGAAAUGAUUCGAGAUACUUUGAAAGUCCACCGCCCAAAUCUAGAUUUCGAAGUCUUAUCCAACCCCGAGUUUCUUGCCGAAGGAACGGCAAUGACUGACCUCCUUACCCCUGAUAGAGUGGUUAUUGGAAGUAGUCAAACACCAGCUGGAUACCGUGCAGCAGCAGCACUUUCCUCGGUCUAUGCAGCCUGGGUUCCGCAGAUCAGGAUAGUCAGUAUGAAUAUAUGGUCUUCCGAGCUGUCGAAACUGGUCGCAAAUGCUAUGCUAGCACAGCGGAUCAGCAGCAUUAAUUCCAUAUCCGCAAUAUGCGAAGCAACUGGUGCAGACAUCGAUGAGAUUACAAGAUCCAUCGGUCUAGACCCAAGAAUCGGGGAAAGGUUCUUGAAGUCUGGCAUAGGAUUCGGAGGGAGUUGUUUCAAGAAAGAUAUUCUAAGCUUGACAUAUCUCGCCGAGGGGUUAGGAUUGCCUGAGGUGGCGGAGUAUUGGACACAAGUGCUGAAAGUGAACGACUGGCAACGAUCGAGAUUCGUCAAAAGAGUAAUCAGAUGUCUGAAUCAGACAGUGGUGGGCAAGAAGCUGACUGUGCUGGGCUACGCAUUCAAGAAGAACACGGGCGACACAAGGGAAUCGCCUGCUCUUGAGUGCAUCAAGAGUCUUCUCGAAGAAACACCAAAACAGAUCGCAGUAUUUGAUCCAUGCUGUGAUCCUAACAUAGUGAAGGAGGAGAUCGGGAGACUGGUUGGCGGCAAGGUCCUGCAAGAGUCCGGCGGGCCGAUUGAGGUUUAUUCGGAUCCAUAUCAAGCUUGUCUCAAUAGCCAUGCGGUCCUCAUCUUGACAGACUGUGAUGAGUUCCAAAACUGUGCCCCUUGCAAAUUCCCAAACGAGCUGCCGGAAGCCAAACCACCCGCAACCAUGGACCCGAGACCUUUCCACUGGCUCGAGCCUACCGAGUCCCAGAUUCUCUCCUUGCAAAAGUCUCUCUCGGCAAUGCUUUUAGUGAAUGAUCCACUGCAGAGGUUUGUAGCCCAACCUGAAUGCGAGCCAGGAUGCCAAUACUGCUUAGAGCAAAAUUUGGUUCCGCUUGACGGGAAGGAAGAGAAGAACGACAGACUGGACUGGGCUAAAAUUGCAUACAAUCUUCAAAAGCCUAAGUGGGUGUUUGACGGUAGAGGAGUCUUGAACAUCAGUGAGAUGGAGGCGUUGGGAGUAAGGGUGGAAGCAAUUGGGAAGGUUGAUCGGGCAGGAAGAAGAUCUGCUUUGGGUGUUUAG